AUGCCAGUACAGUAUGAGGUUACCAAAGUAACCGCGACAGCAAAAGCAGAUAUCCAUGGGGAUUUUGAUACGCACUUUUAUCGUGGGCAGGAUGAGAUCAGCGAAGAAGGCGUUCUGAAACUUUCCGAAAAAUAUGUAAAGAAGUCCAAAUUCCCCGAAUUUUUACCAACAUGGGAUCCAUACCAGAAGUUCCCUCCCCUAACAUUCCAUGAAUACUAUGAUCCCGGUAUAAGGGCAGACCCAGAGUUCCCCAAUUUGUUUAAGAAUAACGAGAAGUUAUCUAUAUCAAAGAUAACACCUAAGUUUGGUACUGAGCUCAGAGGGGUUCAGCUCACCGAGCUGAACAAUGCGGGCAGGGAUGAGCUCGCGCUACUUGUUGCCCAGAGAGGCGUAGUUGUCUUCAGAGAUCAGGACUUUGCUUCGAGAGGGCCAGAGUACGCAAUGAGGUUUGGCGAGCACUUUGGUAAGCUGCACAUCCACCAGACGUCAGGGGCACCGGAAAAAUAUCCUCAUCUGCACAUCACAUUUAGAAGACCAGAUCGCCAGGAGUUUGAUCGAGUGUUCAGGGAUAGCCACUCCUCUAUCAGAUUUCACACAGAUGUUUCCUACGAAUUGCAACCUCCUUCUUAUACUUUUUUUUCUGUUUUGGAGGGGCCCGAGGGCGGUGGUGACACGUUGUUCAGUGAUUCUCUUGAAGCCUUCAACAGAUUAUCACCAUCUUUACAGGAAUAUCUGAGUCAGUUGCAUGUAGUUCAUAGUUCUAAGGAACAAGCCGAAAAUUCAUCUAGGCAAGGUGGCAUUCAGAGGAGAGAGCCGGUCUUCCACAUACACCCUCUUGUCCGGGUGCAUCCAGUCCUGAAAAAGAAGACCUUGUUUGUCAACAGAAUGUUCUCAAGGAAGAUCUUGGAGUUGAAGCAACCAGAAUCAGACUUAUUGUUAAAAUUCUUAUAUGAUCUUGUGGAAAAUACACAGGACUUACAGUUAAGGGCCAGAUGGGAGCCUGGAACCGUGACUGUUUGGGACAACCGUAGAGCCCACCAUUCUGCGGUGAUUGACUGGGAUGAGCCCGUUUCUAGACAUGCGUUUCGAAUCACACCCCAUGGAGAGAGACCUGUUGAAGACUUGAAAUACCUAAAUGACAAAACAUAUUAUCCUUCCUAG